GAGGGGCCAAGAUGAAGUUUUUCCUGAGAGCAAGUGCUUCCAUUGAGGGGGUCGAAUACCCUUUCCUAUGAAUCAGUUGGCGCUGGCUGCCAACGGGACUUUGGCAUGUAUCGUUGGUUUAAUCUGGUGCCGUGAAUCCAGGUUUCCAUAUGUGUGUGUGGACCAAAGCAGAGCACUGCACUACUCCCGUGAAAAUGGAGCGUUGGCUUGGUCCACAUAUCUUCAGGCAGGCAGUUUUUGGAUGCCCCUUGAGCUACCUUUUUGAGAGAGGUGUCUCUGUCAAGCAGCAAACUGCCCACCCCACAGUCCUCUUCCUUAAAUGCAAACCCUGAUGCUCAGCUUGUGUUUUGGUAGGUAAAUGAGCGAAAGUGAGGAUGACUGGCUCGCUCUCAAACCCCGUGAACCGCUGCCGUCUCAGUGCUGUGGCAGUGGCUGCAAACCCUGCAUCUCCGAUUUGUAUCAGAAGGAGCUAGCACAAUGGGAAAAGGCAAGAGCCAAGAACGACAAAAGCCUCCUGAGCAAACAGAAGGAGCAGAGUUGUAAUUCAGAGCUAAAUCCAGAUACAUUUACUGCAUUCAACAUAAACUCUGUGGAACAGCUAACACAGGACACCUACCUGUAUAGAUUUGAAUUACCAGAAAAUAGCAGCCUGGGAUUGAGUUUAGGACAACACGUUGUGUUAAGAGGGGAGGUGAAUGGCUUGGAAGUUCAGAGAGCGUAUACUCCAAUUAGUCCUGUGAAUGCAGAAGGGUACUUUGACGUUUUAAUAAAAUGCUAUGCAAGUGGACUCAUGUCACAAUACAUAAAAUCCUGGAAAAAAGGAGAGACAAUCUUUUGGCGAGGGCCGUUUGGAGGCUUCCCAUAUAGACCUAAUCAGUAUGGAGAACUACUCAUGCUUGCCUCUGGUACUGGCCUGGCACCAAUGCUUCCCAUCCUCCAGUAUGUAACAGAAAACGAAGAUGAUGAAACCUUUAUCACCCUGGUUGGCUGCUUCAGGACCUUUGAAAAUAUCUACUUGAAACCUCUUCUCCAAGAUCUGUCUCGAUACUGGAACGUCAGAAUGUUUUACAUCCUAAGCCAGCUGACUAUACAGAGUAGCUGCUACAAUAUUUUGUCACAGCGGGGAGAACGAAGGUUGGUGGCAGAAGUACUAACUGAGAAUUUAAUCGAGGAGACCUUCAAAGUUUCUUUCACUUUUCCAUGCACGUUAUCAUUUUCAUUUUGUAAUAAAACACACAGGUAAGCAACUCUGCAGAAUCUGUGGCUCAUUGGCACAUGCUGAUGCCUUGAAGGUCAUGUAGAUCUGUUGUAUCACUGUGGCCUAUUGGAGACUUAAUCCAUAGAUUAUUGGUGAAGCCAAUGUAGUCUGGUGACUAGGAUACUGCACAGAGUCUGUUGAGACCUGGGUUUAGUUCUGCUAGUGCAGGGGUCGGCAACAUUUUCUGGUGGUGGGGAAAGGGGCAGAAUGACCCAGCUCAGGUUAGAGGAGUGCAGGCAUUAGGAUCCAGUCGUGCUGCUGCUUCUCCUUGCCCUUUGACUGCA